AUGACUUGCCGGGACGCACUUUCCGACGGACUCUCGAGGAGCAGGGCGCUGGUGCCAGGCAGCUCCCCCAGCGGCUCGCGCCCCCGAGGCUUCGCCAUCACGGAUCUGCUGGGCCUGGAAGCCGAGGUUCCCGUGCCUGCCGGCCCGGGGCCAGGAUGUGGCUGCGAGUCUUCCAAGGCCGACCCCGGUACGGGUCCAGGUCUCGGGGGCCCCUGCAUGGCGCGCGGGACCCUUUCACUGGGGCUUGGCCUUCUCUGCCGCUUCAGCGCGCAGCAGCCCUCGGCCCCUCGGGCGCCCUGCCUGAUCCUGGCUGACGUGCCGUUCCUGCCCCCCGGGACACCUGAACCCGCGGCUCCGCAAGCCCCUGCUCGCCCGCCGCCCCCGCUCGGCAGCCAGAAGAGCAGCGAGAGCGUUUCGACGUCCGAUGAAGACAGCCUAUCUGAAGACAGGAGUAACCUGAAGGUGUCCCCCACGCCCGGCAAGAGGAAGAAGCGGCGGCACAGGACUGUUUUCACCACCCACCAGCUGGAAGAGCUGGAGAAGGCAUUCAGCGAGGCCCAUUACCCUGAUGUGUACGCCCGGGAAAUGCUGGCUGUGAAAACUGAACUCCCUGAAGAUCGAAUACAGGUCUGGUUUCAAAACCGGAGGGCCAAGUGGAGGAAGCGGGAGAAGCGCUGGGGUGGCAGCAGCAUGAUGGCAGAAUAUGGGCUGUAUGGGGCCAUGGUGCGACACUGUAUUCCACUGCCAGACUCUGUCCUCAACUCCACAGAGGGUGGCCUGGUUGGUUCCUGUGCACCAUGGCUUCUGGGGAUGCACAAAAAAUCCACAGGGAUGAUAAAGAAACCGGGAAUUGAAGAAAAACUGGCAAGGAUUUGGGACUCAGACCAACUCCAGGAAAGUUCUAGCCCAAAGCAGGCAGAAUCCCAGAGAAGCUCAGAUGAAGCCAGCCCUGAGAACGGCUUGGAAGACGUGGCCAUUGAUCUCUCCAGCUCUGCCCAGCAGGAGACCAAGAAAGUACACCAGGGUGCCAGUGCCAGAGGAUGCUCAGACUCCCCAGGGCUGGAAGGGCUCCAGCCAGGGAAGGUGGGAGCCUGA